AUGAAACAAAUUGAAAUAAAAGAAGGCAGAAUUACUUUUAAAUCGGAUAUUACAAAAAGUGUGGCAGAAGAGAAAAGUAAACAAACAAAUAUUAAUAAUGAAAAAGAAAAGAAUCCAGCUUCAGAGACUCAGAAUAGUAAUUUAGAGAAUGUGUUAAGUGAGUUAAAAAUAUCUGGUAGAUAUCACAUGAGAUUUUUGCUUCUUAUAAGUUUUUUAUCAUUUAUUACUUCGGGAUUCCCCAUAAAUUACAUAUUUUCGGCAGAAAACGUCGACUAUAGAUGUAAAUACUCAAAUUGUAAACACACCGAAUUGACAAUACUGAAUGCUAAUUCUACAAUAGACCAAAAAUGCCAUAAAUAUGAGUUACUUGAUCCUAAUGGAACAUGCACAGAAGACAACUUUAACAAGUCCAGUGGCGUUGAAUGCUCGGAAUGGAUCUAUGACAAACCUAAUAGCCUCGUUGCCGAAUUCAAUCUUGGCUGUAAAGACUGGAAACGGACCCUGGUCGGCACAACGCACAGUAUUGGUUUCAUGAUCGGUCUGCUCUUCAUGGGUCCUUUGUCAGAUAGAUUUGGUAGGAAAAGGGUUCUUAUAUUUAAUACACUCAUAACUGGUGUGAUCGGCAUAUCAAAGAGUAUGGUCACAUCGUAUUGGCUAUUUAUUGCUCUUGAAAUGUUAGAACCAAUGAUUGGAGACAAUUAUUCAACUACUUAUACUAUGGCUGUGGAAAUGGUAACAACAGAGACUCGUCCAAUGAUUAUAUUUCUGCUAUCGGCAUCAGGUACAAUGGGCGACAUUCUCAUGGCUUUUAUAGCUUACCUAGCACCAAAUUGGAGAAUGUUCUUAAUUUUAUUAUACACACCAGCGUUCGUUGUCAUUCUAUACAUAUUUUGGCUAGAUGAAAGUCUGAGGUGGCUGCUGAUUAAAGGCAGAAAAACAGAAGCAGAACAAAUAAUAAGAAAAGCAGCUAAGAUAAACAAUAUAGUUAUAGAAGAAUCUAAGAUUGUUAACUUAAAAAGUGAAGAUGCUUCCAGUGAAAAAGCAACUCUACGUCAUGCUCUUCAUGUCACAUUUUCGUCUAAGAAGUUGUUCAUAAGAUUGAUACUAUGUAUUUGUGUUUGGUUUACUUCCCUGUUUAAUGCUUAUUCAUUGUUGAUAAACUCUGUUUCAUUGGAAGGUAACAAAUACGUCAAUUUUGGAUUGGUGUCUUUAUCUAGCACUGCUGCCGGUGCUAUUCUAUUAUAUGUGUUAACAAAAUUCAAGAGGAAAGCACCAUUGAUCCUUUGUUUGACGUUGACUGGAGUGUUUUGCGUUUCACAAUCUUUUGUGCCUAAAGGUUACAGAUGGCUGUCUACACUACUCUAUGUCUGUGGUAAAAUAAAUUCAAGUAUCACAAUCAAAAUGGCUUAUCUGUACACAACGGAGUUAUUUCCGACCUAUACGAGAAAUACGAUGCUUGCGUUAUGUUCUUCGCUGGGACGGAUUGGUGCUAUUUUAGCUCCUUUAACUCCUUUAUUGUUUGUCUAUUGGUCGGGUCUUCCAUCAUUCCUGGUGGGAGUCUUGUCGCUGGUUACUGCGUCUAUUGUUACUUUAAUGCCUGACACAUCUGAGGACGUACUCCCCGAUAACGUUAAGCAAGCAGAAGCUAUCGGCAUAAAGGAUAAAAAGGGAAUCGCCUAA